UCUCAAUAUUAUUUCCAUCUGAAAUAAAUUAUUUAUCUUAAGUAAAUUAUUCAUUGUUUGGAUACAAUUGUCUCAAAAUAAUGUCAAGGAUAAAGCUCAGUCCGCAUAAGCGACCCAAAGCGGGUAGGAACAAGCCUGUUUCGAUCGAAACAGCGACCAGCACGCGAGAGAUGAGACCCACCAUUUUCCGAAAACUCUACAUGAGGGGCGACCUGCCGGUAGCAAUGGAGCACUAUGGAAUGGGCAACAAAAUAUUUUGGAAGAAAGAAAUCGAGAGGUUGGAUUAUCACCACUACCUUCCUCUGUUCUUCGAGGGACUCCGUGAGACUGAGCAUCCGUUUGACUUCUUCGCCAGCCGAGGCAUCAAUGACAUAUUGGAACAUGGAGGCCGUAAGAUACUACCAGUCAUUCCUCAGCUCAUCAUACCUAUCAAGGAUGCUUUCAACACCCGCGACAGACGAGUUAUCUGCAGCACGUUGAAGGCCCUCCAGAAAUUGGCCGUAUCGGGCGAGUUUGUCGGCGAGGCUCUUGUGCCGUAUUACCGCCAAAUCCUACCCGUUCUCAACAUUUUCCGCGGAAUGAACUUCAAUUCUGGUGAUGGGAUCGAGUACGGUCAGCAGAAGGGCUUCAACGUCGGAGACAUGAUCCAGGAGACCCUGGAAGUCCUCGAGAGAAACGGAGGAGCAGAAGCGUUCGUCAACAUCAAGUACAUGGUCCCAACCUACGAAUCCUGCAUGACCGUCCAGGAGUGAUGACGUCAUCUA